AAUACCAGAUAAGCUUACCAUUCUUGCAACUUCAAUUUGUUUGUUAUGAUCUAUUCCGCCAAUAGCUUCCCAAGAAUUGGGUGAAUAAAAUCGUUGCCCGCUGAUCUCCAUUUUACAAGAAUGCGGCGUCACUUACAGUGGAGCAUUAAGCAGUUAACGGCCAGUUAUGCGGAUGGCCAAUUGUCUCCACGUCGGGUUACGGAGCAGGCCCUGGAAGAUGCCCUUCGUUGGAAGACCCUGAAUGCCUUUGUACGCCUCAUACCGGAACAGGCCAUCCAGCAGGCCCAGGACUCAGAGGAGCGCUAUCAGCAAGGAAAGCCAAGUGGCUCCCUAGACGGAGUUACCAUUGCCAUCAAGGAUAACUUUUGCACGAAGGAUGUCCACACCACCUGUGCUUCGCGGAUGCUGCAGGAUUUUGUGCCGCCCUAUGAUGCCACUGUGUGCUCCAGGCUCAAACAAGCUGGAGCUGUAAUUCUGGGAAAGACCAACAUGGAUCAGUUUGCCAUGGGCGCCGGCACAGUGGACUCCCUGUACGGACCGACCAAGAACAUCUGGAGCGAGGACCUCGACCAGGACAACUGGCGCAUAGCGGGCGGCAGCUCUGGAGGUUCUGCAUCUGCCGUGGCCGCUGGUCUGUGUUAUGCUGCAAUUGGCUCGGACACGGGUGGCUCUACGCGGAAUCCCGCUUCCUACUGCGGCGUGGUGGGUUUAAAACCUACCUACGGACUGAUCUCCCGCCACGGCCUCAUCCCGCUGGUCAACUCAAUGGAUGUGCCUGGCAUUUUUACCCGCUCCGUCAGUGACUGCGUUGCGGUACUUAAUGCAGUCGCUGGACCCGAUCGAUUGGACUCCACAACCAUCAGACAGCCGUUCAGAAGGCUAAAACUGCCAGAGAUCGGGCAAAUCGACUUGAGCACUGUGCGCAUAGGGAUACCAAAGGAAUACCAUUGCCAGGGACUCUCCGCCGAGGUGCUGGAAACGUGGUCCAAGGUAGCCGAUCUUCUGGAGUGCAGCGGAGCCUCCGUGCGGCAGGUUUCUUUGCCAAAUACGGCGGCAAGUAUAUUCGUGUACUCCAUCCUCAAUCAGUGUGAGGUGGCCAGCAACAUGGCCCGGUACGAUGGCAUAGAGUACGGCCAUCGGGCCGCCGACGAGCGCAGUACGGAACAGUUGUACGCCCUUUCCCGAGCCGAGGGAUUUAACGAGGUGGUGAAGACACGCAUUCUCACCGGAAACUUUCUGUUACUAAGGAAAAACUACGACCACUACUUUGAGAAGGCGUUGCGGGUGCGCCGCCUAAUCGCAGAGGACUUUGUUAAAGUGUUUGAGGCAUCUGCUAAAGAGGAACGCGUGGACAUCCUCCUGACACCGACUACGCUCACAGAGGCUCCACUGUACAAGGAAUUCGCCUCGCUGACUAACAGGGACCAGUGCGCGGUGCAGGAUUUCUGCACUCAGCCAGCCAACAUGGCUGGUGUUCCCGCUGUGUCCAUACCCAUUCGAUUGUCUCAGGCUGGACUGCCAUUGAGCCUUCAACUGAUGAGCAACAGCCUCAACGAGCAGUUACUGCUCACCGUGGCGCGCUGGAUCGAGGCCCAGGUGGGAUUUGACAGCCUGGAGCACAGACAAGAGUACCAGGCCAGUUUCUAAUUAUUCUGGU